AUGGGGCCCAGGUCAGGGUCGUCACCACAGUUGACAGUGCAGGACGACGGAGAGAACUAUCCCUCAGGCCCAAAAUUCUGGCUGAUUGGUGCUGCGCUGUGUCUUGGUGGCUUCCUCGUCUCAUUUGAUAGCACCCUUCUCUCUACCGCAGUCCCCGUGAUCUCUGAUGAGUUUCACUCUCUUGGUGAUAUCGGAUGGUAUAGCAGCGUGUACUUCCUCGCCAUGUGUACCCCUCAGAUGGUUUUGGUGAAGCUGAACGGUCGAUAUCCAAUCCGAUGGAACUACGGUAUUGCCAUGGCGCUCUUCAUCGCUGGCUCUGCCCUCUGUGGUGCUGCUCCGAACUCCCCUGUGCUGAUCGCCGGGCGUGCUCUUGCUGGUCUAGGCUCCUCUGGUCUCCUGGCGUCGAGCGCUGCCAUGGUUCCUUUUCUGGCUCCUCCGUCAGAACGGCCGACCUUGUUUGGCUUGUUCGCAGGGGCAAUGGGACUUGGCGUUGGUAGCGGUCCCCUAAUCGGUGGCGCGUUGACUGAAAAAGUCACCUGGCGAUGGAACUUCUAUAUGAAUAUCCCCAUCGGCGCCGUCAUCUACGCCAUCUUCUAUCUCACCGUACACCCCCAAAAGCCUGACUACUCCACGCCAUGGCGAAGUUUCCUACGGACCCUCGAUCUCCUUGGUCUGGCCACCUUCGCGCCCGCUACUGCGUGUCUGCUCAUCGCCCUCCAGUGGGGAGGAACAACAUAUCCAUGGGCUGACGUCCGCGUAAUCGUUCUGCUCGUUUUGUCUGGCGUCCUGGCAGUCAUAUUUCUCGUAGUUGAGUUCUGGCUCGGAGACAGUGCCAUGCUCCCGCGCCGCAUCUUCUCCAAACGCAACGUUUGGUGUGCUGUCUGGUUCUGUUUCUGCGGUAAUGGAGCUGCUGUCGUGUUGACAUACUAUUUACCCAUCUGGUUUCAAGGGGUCCAAGGAGACACUCCAGUCCUAUCAGGGGUACAUACUCUCCCACUCGUAGUCACGACGGUGUUCACCACGAUCUUGGGUGGCAUUCUCAUCACUCUUUUCGGACACGUCGGACCCUUCAUGGUUGCCGGAUCCAUCUUCAUGGCCGUUGGAGCCGGCCUCUUAACCACUCUUGACAGCAACACCAGUGUCAGUAAAUGGAUCGGCUACCAGAUCAUCUAUGCGUUAGGAGCCGCUUUCGGCAGACAAUGUCCGAGUGUCUGCUUACAAAAUCUGCUCCCAGAGAAAGAUGCCCCCCUCGCCUACACUCUGGUCACUUUCAUCUCGUUCGUUGCUGGCGCAAUCUUCGUCUCCACAGCGCAAGCUCUCUUUUCCAACCGUCUCGUCUCAGGUCUAGAAGGACUCGGAAUGUCCAAAGCAGAAGCCACCGCAUCCUUAGCUAAAGGUGUCAUGUCCUUGACCCAGGGGCUGUCAGAUGACGCCAAGACGGCGGUUCUGCACGUCCUGAAUACGUCAAUCGUGAACGCAUGGCGCCUCCCAGUGGCCCUGUCGUGUAUGAGCAUCGUGGGGGCGCUGGUGUUGGAGCAUCAGAAAGUGAAGGGGAAGCCGAAUAUCUAG